AUGGAUCCCCGUGACGACAGCUUCUGGAGUCGUGAACCUAUUGACUGGGCCGAGGAAGUCGAGGAAUCGGUUGCACGUCAGAAUCUCAACUCCGCCGGAACUACUUCUUUGGGCUCCCAAGUGUGGAGAGCUAUUGGAUCCAUCAGGGUAUCUGUCCACUUUCUGUUUUCCAACGGAGAAAAGCAGCAGGAGACCGAGCCUAUGCAUGAAACGAAUGCGAUGGUCUCCCACCCCAGGGUGACACCCUCAGUCCUGGAUCUCAUUCCUCGGGACGUGUUCCAUAAUGAACACUUGAAGCUUGCUGAAGAGCAGCGUCGUUCUACAAACAAUACAACUCAAGAGAAAAUGUCCGGCUCCGAAGUCCACGUUUCGCACUCAGAUCUGGACUCCGUUCCUCAGAAAGGCUUCCACCAUGACCACCCGACGCUUGUCGAAGAACAGCGUACUUCCCUCGAAGCAAUGAACGCAAAAAACGCAAUGAGCCUCCCAGUCCCUAGCUUGCUCUCGGUUCUCGGUCUUGUUCCAAAGAAAUUCAUCCUGGACAAGCAGUUCACCUGCGUUAAAGAGCAGCGUGGUACCACCAGCGAUGCACAGGAACCGAGCACAAUGUAUCCUGAAGCUGUCACUCAGGAGACAGUCAUGAUGCAGGUCGAUGUUGACGUUCCACUCCAUGAAACUGUUGCUCCAUUGGAUGAGGUCGAAGGCCCCGUUGCCACAAAUACCCAUCAUGAAACGGAAGCCUCUGUUGAGUCCGCUCAAGAAAACAUCGACUCCGCUCAAGAGACCGUCGACUCCGCUCGAGAGACCGUUGACUCUGCUCAACAGACGGAUGAGUCUGAUCAAGAGAUGGAUGAGUCUGAUCAACAGACGGAUGAGUCUGAAGCCCCGAGUGGACAGAUCGAGUCCGCUAAUGAAGAUAUGGAAGGCACCCCCGAGGAAGAAUACGACGAGGAGGAGUUGUUAAAGCUCCGAGAAUUCCAACAAACCAGCAAUGAAUACCGAUCGCGUGAGCUGCGUGAUGAGAGUGAUCCCAAUAUUCAUCACUGGAACUGGCUGGGCCACCCAGUCUACGAGCGCACUUCGACCCCACCCGCUGACUCGCUCGCCUUCAUGCAAGCGUACCCGAAAGCUCCUACAGGCAGAGAUGAGAAGCGGAUCAACGCUAUCUUGAAGAACGCCAUGGAGCUGAUUGAUCCUGUGGCGCUGAAGCUCGAUGAAGGAAACACUGAUAUUCUCGAUAUGCAUGGCUCGGAGCUGAUUCGGGCGUGCGAGGGCCGUGUAUCCAAAUUGUACACUCUGAAUGGCCGCUGGGUAUCUGAUCCAGGUAACGAUGCCAUCUUGCCCGAUCUCGGGGGAAGCUUGGCCCUAGACUCUUCUGGUUACGCAGUUGGCAAUGGAAUCUUUGGGCACUACCUGAUCAACCGAAAAGACUGGCGACAUUGGAAACGCCAGCUGAAGGCUAAGAACCGCAAAUCUGGCCGUCUUCCUCGCAAAAUUACCUGGCAGAAGCCGUCAGCUUCGGGACUCCAGAGGUCUGAAGUAGUCGACUCCCCCGAUGAAACUUCAGAGCUAGGUGAGAGUCCAGAAACUGGUGAUGGUCCAUGGCCCGGUGAGAUUCCAGACUACGACGAGAUUCCAGACUACGGCGAGAUUCCAGACAAUGACGAGAUUCCAGACAAUGACGAGAUUCCAGACUAUGAUGAGACUCCAGAACCUGGUCAGAGCCCGGAGCCCGAUGAGAUUCCAGACUACGACGAGACUCCACAACCCGGUGAGACUACAAAGUCUGAUGAGACCUCAGAGCUCUCUGAGCACACCCUGGCGUGA